AUGCCAGCUCGGAUCAAAACCGAAUGCGUCAACAGCAAACCGCUCGGCGAGCACAUUCAUUUUCGAAACGGCAAAAUCGCGUUGAAUCGUCUCGCGAAAGCGCCAAUGUCGGAGAAACUCUACGAUUGGAAUGGUGGCGACGAGAAGACGCGCGGUGUUCCCAACACAGCAAUUGUCAACAUCUACGAGAAAUGGGGAUUCGGCGGAUGGGGCACGAUUUUCACUGGCAAUUUGAUUGUUGAUCCUAAGUACACCGGAGAAGCGGGACAAGGAAUUGUGGCAAAAGAGAAUGAUUCGCCUAUAAUGCGAGAAUGGUAUGCAAAAAUGAGCCGAGCGAUGAAGGUCAACUACGCAUUGGCGAUCGCUCAACUCAAUCAUCUAGGAGCUGGAGCACUAUUAUCGUACACCGAUGCCGAUGGCAAUAAGCACGAAUUGGCUGACAAAAUCGAAAAUCCUCUAGAAUUUUCAAAACGUCAAAUUCAAAAAGACAUCAUACAUCGAUUUGUGUACGCUUCGAAACUUUUAAGCAACUGCGGAUUCGAUGGCAUCUGCAUUCAUGCCGCAUUUGGAAUGCUAUUAUGCCAAUUUCUAUCACCAAAUAAUCCAAGAGACGACGAAUAUGGUGGAACGCUUCGCAAUCGCGCGCGAAUCAUCGUCGACAUUUACAACGCAAUUCGCGACGAAAUUCCAGCGCCUAGCGGAUUUCUGAUUGGCCUUAAAUUGAAUUCGGCCGAUUUUCAAAACAAUUUCAGCGACGACGAUGUUGUAGAGCUCUGUUCCAUAUUUGACAAGGUCGGAAUUGAUUUCAUUGAGAUCACCGGCGGCGCAAUGGAAAGCGUCAUCAACGAAGCGCAAGAGAAUCGUCGGGCAACUUCGAUCGCUCGCCAAUCCUAUUUUCUCGAAUUCGUCGAAUUGGUGAAGAAAUCGCUAAAGUACACGCGAGUGUACAUCACUGGCGGAUGGCAAACCACUGAGAAGAUGGUAAGCGCCAUCAACAUGAAUAUCACCGAUGGCAUCGGACUCGCGAGAGCAAGCGCCGCCGAGCCAAGUUUGGCUCGAAAAUUGCUCACCGGAAUUGUGCACUCGACACUCGACAACAAAUUUCCGCCGGAUGAUUUCAUGACAUCAAAACAGGCGGCACACCAUCAAAUCUGGUGCAUGUCGAGGCAUUGCAUCGAGAAUUCCGAUCAAGAUAACGAGAUCACCGAUUUCACCGACGAACGCGAAGCGGAACACUUCAAGAAGCACGCGCAAAAGUACAUGGAGUAUUUGAAACGUCAAGGAAAACCCGAUUCGGUCGCAAAUGUCAUCGACUAUAAAUCAUUCCAAAACUAA